CCUUCAUCUGCUUCCGCUCCAUGCGGUUGGCGAGUUCGCGCUGUUCCGAGGCGUUGAGUCCUUCCAUUGUGAUGGGAUUUGAUGUCGGAGCUAAAAGUGAACAAGUAGCGUGGACGACAAGAAGAUUGGUCGUGAUGACCGCAGCUCCGGAGCUGCUCAACAACCGCAGGCUCUGAUGGGUCACGUGAACACGCUCAGCCAUCAAUCAGGUGACUGGCGUUGCUGACUCAUCCUGCCGGAACCGAGGGAUCCCAAAACGGCAAACAGCAGGACAAUCCACUCGUCAGCAAACAGCAGCUGCGUUCACGCUUGCGCUGUUCCAUUCUUGAGCCAAGUUAAAAAAAGCACAACCGCCAGCUGGCCCCAGACGUCGAUUGGCGGGAACCAUGGUUUGCCCGUCCACAACCGGGGGACCAGGAAGCAGAGAAGCAACCCAGAAGGACAAAGAUCUUCUUCCAGCCGAUUACCCAGGGCAGCCUGAGGGAGCUGAGAAUAGAGACCUGCUCGUCAAAAGUCAACAAGCCCAGCUAAGCUGGGUCGACGGCAGCUUGACGAUCGGUCCCCACAUUCCAACCUCUCGACUGAAGGAUUGUGUUCGGAGUGAUAUCAUUACUUUCUCGGGACACAAGCUCGGUAGGUGCAAGGUUCACGGGGUGCUGGUGCCGGUCGUCAACUGACUCCUAGCGGACCCAGUAUCAGAACUAUAUAUGCUGUUCCAAUAG